CAUGAAUGCAAUUGAGGCCUUGCCUUAAUGACCCGGCAGCAGUUCAUAAGCUCUGCAAGGGUCCCGUCUUCCUAUAACAGAGGCUUGCUUCCGAUACAGGAUGAGCAAUCAUAUUAUCAACAAGCUCCGACUUUGGUGCAUGCGGUCUGCGCAUCAAGUGGCUCUUGAUUGUCACCGAAACCAGCACGCUCGCUCUUCAAUCAUUGUUGAAACCUCUUGGAGUGUCUGCUGCCAUGCUGACACCGCGAUUCCUUCGACUUACACGACCACUCUCCACCUUGUUCGAGUAUUCCGAUGCUUUUGGCUCAAGCCACUCCCUUCCUUUUCCCGAAUCAGCACUCCGCUUCGGAAGAUAUCAGCUUUCUACAUCCUUAUACAUAUUCUCUACGGACCUGCGGUUCCCUACAAUAAUAAGCGUCUUGUACAUAUCGGUCGUCAUCUUUUGCAAUAAGAUCAAUGCCAGAGAACGGAGACCGUGGGCAAUCAGUCGCACAAAGGUCUUCCCUAACUUAGUGAUACUACACAAUCUGAUUCUGACAGUUUUCUCGGCCUGGACAUUCGCCGUUAUGCUGAACACAUUGUCUUCCGCAUGGCCGGACAAGCAAGAUGAGUUGCAUAUGAGCCGGGCGGCAGACAUUGUCUGCCAUGGGGGUCAGUUCCCGGGGCACGAAUCAUAUGCGCCGAGGUUGAAGAUGAUCGUCUGGCUGUUCUAUCUGUCAAAGCUAUAUGAGCCACUCGACACCGUGAUCAUUCUUGCGAAGGGGCGCCAGGCUUCCGCCCUGCACAUAUAUCACCAUGCUGGCGUCAUCUUCUGGGGCUGCAUGGGAGUGCGAUUUAUCAAUUCGGCCUCGAUAAUCGCCACACUAUUCAACUCGGCUGUGCACACCCUGAUGUAUACAUACUACAGCAUGACUGCGUUGCGCAUCCCCGUUCACCACUCGACCAAAGCUUCAUUGACCUUGCUUCAAAUCGUGCAAUUCUUCGUCGGUAGCCUAUUAGGCUUGUCGUCCGUCCUUGUUGAAUAUGAUGUUCCUUUUUCUGGUCCUCCUCUCGAGCGACAUGAUCAAUCCCCAAGUACCCCUUUCAACAUAACGCCACGGGGCUCCAAAGUACAGCAGUCUCGGGACAUGAAGACAGUAAGAUGCGUUAGAGACAGUAGUGAGGCUUAUGCGGUGUGCCUUGGAUGCGGGUUUGUUCUGUUCCUGAUGCUAUUGUUUUUGAAGUUUUACGUGCAGUCUUAUCUCCAGCACUGGCCACCCCAUAAGAAAGCAGUGCUAAGAAAUUUGGGGUUCAUGGGAUAAAGAUGAGUCGUGUAGUAGGGCGGAAGAAGAAAGUCCGGUUUGAGUGCCAAGCAUUGUUGUUAAGGCACUAGACAUCAUGGAUCUUGAGAUUAGCUGAGCAGGACAA